AUGCAGUUCACUUCUUCCUGGAAGACCUGCCUUCUCUUGUUGGCUGUUCCUCUAGUCUUAGCCCAUCCAGGCGAGCAAGAGGAACACAAUGUCCAAGCCGCUAUUCAAAAGCGCAUGUUCCAAGAGAGUGCUCGUAGAGGCCUCGAGAAAUGUGCCAAACGAUUUGAGACCAACGGUUUCAAUACGCGUGCCGAAGCCCGUCGCCGCAGUAUCUAUGACCUCCACCGCCGUCACCUUGCCCUCCGCGAUACCGACGACGUCCUUGACAAGUCCCACUUGGUGAACGACUCCAGCAUUACCGCUGAGACAUCCGCCGACUCGCUGUUUGACACCAGUUCCACCUGUGUCUUGAACCCAGAGGGUGAAACUGGCCCUUACUAUGUCCUAGGCGAGCUGAUCCGCUCCGAUAUUCGUGAAGAACAAGCUGGUGUCCCCAUCAUCUUUGACGCUCAGUUCGUUGAUGUGGAUACCUGUGAACCUAUCACGGAUCUAUACUCGGACAUUUGGAACUGCAAUGCUACAGGUGUCUACUCUGGCCUUGUAGCUACUGGCAACGGAAACACGGCUGACACGUCGAACCUGAAUGCGACGUUCUUGCGAGGUAUUCAGAAGACCGACAGCGAUGGUGUGGUUCAGUUCAAUACUCUUUUCCCGGGUCACUACUCUGGUCGUACUACGCAUCACCAUAUCGUUGCGCAUCUGAAUGUGACUGUCUUGGCGAAUGAUACUAUUACCGGUGGCUCUGUUGCGCAUAUUGGACAGCUUUUCUGGGACCAGGACCUUAUCUAUGAUGUUGAGGCUACCUCUCCGUAUAGUGAGAACACUGUGACUAUCACUACAAAUGCGGAUGACCGUGUCUUCUCAGAUGAGACUUCGGGUUCCGACUCGGACCCUGUUCUGAGCUAUGUGAAGUUGGGCGAUGAUCUUAGUGAUGGCUUGCUGGGCUGGAUUACAAUUGCUGUUAAUACUUCGGCUGAGUAUGAUCCUAACUAUAGCUUUGUUUAUACUGCUAGUGGGGGUGUCGCCGAGUCCGGGGGUGGGUCUGAUGAUGUUGAUGGUGGAUCGCCAUCUUCCGGGUCUGGGUCAGGGUCAGGAUCAGCUCCUUCGGGCGCUGGUGGUCCUAACUAG